GCGGCUCGAGUCACGUGACGGGGGCGGGGGCGGCCGCGCGUCCUCCCGGGCUGGGAGGGGACCCGGGAGCCCGGCCGACGGAGGAGGGGGCCUGGCCUCCCGCGUGCGCGUGACAUGUCUCUCGAAGACCCGUUCUUCGUGGUCCGAGGCGAGGUGCAGAAGGCGGUGAACACGGCCCGCGGGUUGUACCAGCGCUGGGGCGAGCUCCUGCAGGAGGGCGCGGCCGUGGGGCGCGAGGAGCUGGACUGGACGACCAAUGAGUUGCGGAACAGCCUGCGCAGCAUCGAAUGGGACCUGGAGGACCUGGAGGAGACCAUCGGCAUCGUGGAAGCCAACCCAGGCAAGUUCAAGCUCCUGGCCGAAGACCUGCAAGAGCGGAAGGCGUUCGUGGAGCGCAUGCGGGAGGCCGUGCAGGAAAUGAGGGACCAUAUGGUCAGCCCCACUGCCAUGGCCGUCAUGGAGAGGAACAGCAGACAGAUCCUGGCAGGCUCAUCUGGGGCCCCUAAGCCGUCCAGUGACCUGCUGGAUGCCAGUGCGGUAUCCACAGCUUCCCGCUACAUUGAGGCGCAACAAGCCACGCAGCAGCUGAUCGUGGAGCAGCAGAAUCAGCAGCUGGAGAUGGUGUCCGGGAGCAUCCGGGUUCUGAAGCAUAUGUCCAGCCGGGUUGGGGACGAGCUGGACGAGCAGGCCAUCAUGCUGGAUGCCUUCACGCAGGAGAUGGAGCACACCCAGUCCCGGAUGGACGGGGUCCUCCGCAAGAUGGCCAAAGUGUCCCACAUGACCAGCGAUCGCCGGCAGUGGUGCGCGAUCGCCGUGCUCCUGGGCUUCCUCCUCCUGCUGCUGGCCCUGCUCCUCUUUCUCUGAGCCGGCCAGACCCCCGGUGUGCGUACGCGGUGGAGCCGGCGCUCAUCCCAAGGACCUUCUCGUCCCUGAGCCGGUGGCACCCCCAGGGCCAGCGCCCUAACGCCAGUCUUAUCUCAAGUGCACUUAGGGUGUGGGUGGGUAGGGAGACACCCCUCCCUGUUUCUAAUUCCCACGACCCCAAGCCAUGUCUGCCUCAAACUUCUCUCCAUGCCAACCUGGAAAUA